AAAUGUAAAUUAAAUAAUUAACGUUUUUGAUAUUGUAAUAGGCGUUUGAAGAAUCAUUCAUAAGUAGUAGACAGAACGGACCAUGUGAAUUGAAGAAUUAUCUUCAAUUACAAGGUUGUAAGCUGCAAGCAUUGCUACAAAAUUAAUUAUCGGUAUUAAAAAAAGAAGUGUAUUAGUCAUCAGAACAGAUAUCACGAAAUUAGAAAUCAUGCGCAGUAGAGCUGUAGGGUAGGUGCACUAUACAAUAACAAUAGGUAAUGCGGGCUCGAAGAGUGUGCUGCGACUAAAGUAUGACUCAUUUUAAAGAUCUAUAGUCGUCAUCAGCGUGACAGCUAAUACUAGCUGUGUAUGUGUAUUCAUAAAUCCCAGAAAUUCACGUAAAUUUCGGGAUGCUUUGCGAACGUACGGGUUACUUUGUGGUUAUAUUGUCAGUGCGUGUGGUGUAGAUAGUUAUUUUAUAAACAAAAAGUGAAGAACAAAUAAAUGUGAAUCGAAUUUCCGCUUUAGAACGAUACAAGUGUGUUUGUAACCGAAUUUCAAAUGAAAAUUAGUGUACGCAAGGGUUGCCCUGUAUUUCUCCACUACUUCCUUUUUGAGGAUUACCUUAAACAUUAAACAGCUAUUCCAGAUAUAGCGGCUGACGUUAGUUUGCGUCAUGUCGGCAGUAUGUCUCGAACUGUCGACCGGUCGUCCUCGGGAAGGUCUCAAGCUACCUUUGAAUAGAAGCCUAAGUGAGCCUGGUCCCUCGACCUCAAAUCACCAUCAAUUCCAGUUAUUCCUUCAGCCGGCAAAACGUUGCAAACUGGAGAUUUCCAGCGUGAGUUUGCCCACGAGUCCGUGUGCCGAGAGUGCCACGCUUCAGCGUGCACUCGUACUCAAAAGAGUAGGCAUACUAGAUCCUGAUGGGCUCAGAGCAAAAAUUGACAACGUUAAGCCUGGCCCGAGGUCCUUCCUUAUCCUCGAUUGUCGGCCGUUCAUAUCCUACAACAUGAGCCAUAUAACGGGAGCUAUAAACGUUAAUUGCUCAGACCGUUUUAAUCGCAGAAGACUGCAACAGGGCAAAGCUACCCUCGCUGAUCUAGCGGUUACCCGGGAGGGCAAAGAAAUGCUCAAGAAAAGAACAUACAAAGAAGUUGUCGUUUACGACGAUUGCACUGCAGAUAAAGAAAGGGUUACUAUGGCACAUCCCCUUCUACUUGUACUAUCAUCCCUUAUGGAAGACAAUCGGGAUCCAUUUCUACUUUUGGGGGGUCACAAAGAGUUUCAUAGGAAACAUAAAGAGUUCUGUGAAAGCACGUUAGUUAAUGGUUUGUCAUCACGUGGUAUUCCUUCAUCAGCGUCUUGUCCUGCCUUGGCGGACAUAGAUAAUCAUCCUGCCUCGCGGGUCCUUCCCUUCUUGUACCUGGGUAAUAGUAGAGACGCAGCCGAUCUAUCCUGCCUUAAAGACUUGGGCACAACGUGUGUCCUUAACGUCACCUCACAACUACCAGGCUACCACGAGAAAUGUGGUAUCACAUAUAAACAAAUACCUGCCUCUGAUUCUGGACAGCAAAACUUAAAGCAGUAUUUCGAAGAAGCCUUCGAAUUUAUCGAAGAAGCAAGGAAAAAAGGAACACGCGUUCUGGUUCACUGUCAGGCGGGGGUUUCCCGUAGUGCAACGAUUGCAAUUGCAUACAUCAUGAAGUACAAGCAUUUGUCUAUGAUAGAAGCUUAUAAGCUAGUAAAGGCUGUAAGGCCAAUUAUCUCACCUAAUUUAAAUUUCAUGGGACAAUUAAUGGAGUUAGAGCAGAGUUUACGGGGUGGAGACCCUGAAUAUAAGUCACAGUGUCACCCUUGUCGCUGGAGUCAGCAGCCCAGCGACGAAAUAUCUCAUGGCUGCAGUGUUUAAGUGUAAUUAAAGGACGUUGUUUUCGGUGGGAAUGGAGCUGUAUAGUGUAAAUGUGCAAAGAAUUUAUUGCCAUUCAUGUUAAAUCUAGUCGCAUAUUUGGGAUUAAGGCUGUGUAACCAGAAAAAGAUAUUGUAGAUAAUCCUCUUAAGAAACAUAAGCUCAUUACAAAGUCUAUUUUGUAUAGUUUAGGUUGCAGCCUGUUGUGGGUUUGUAAUAGAUGUCUUUUUUUUUUUUCAAGAAAAAGCCGCAUCAAGUUGAUCGAAGAGUGCUUUUUUACUUUUUUAUUUUUUUUUUAUCGUAUUAAAAUGUAUUGUAGCACAAGUGGAAAAUGAUUAAUUUGAAAAAGAAUGCCAAUAAGUUACUUUAUUAUUUUUAAGUUAAUUUUCUGGUGCGGUUUUUUCUUCCUAAACAUAUUUCCUUAUAUUUAUUUUAUGUUUUCACUUAAAGUGUUGUGUUGAAUUAUUUAAAUUCGUUCCAAGUUUGUGUAAAAGGUGUUCAUUUAUUUUGAAAAUAUGUACGAACCACGUGAAUUUUUAGGGCUGUGCCGUACUCACGCUCACUACGAUUAUGUAUAAAUACAUAUAAACAUAUGAAACGUGGAUAAAUACUAAUGUUUGUACAUUAACAAAAAAAAAAGAAACAGUGUAGCAAAAUUUUAUGUACUGUUUAGAUUUACCCUAGUGUUCUAAUGGGGUAUAAAUUUAUUAGAAAAAAACAACAUUUAACUACAUAUUAUGUUUUGUACUCCAAUUUGGUCAAACUAAACUAAAGAACUACCUUAAAA